CGUUUUCAGUGAAGCUAAACAGCUUUAGCAACCAUGGCUGCUGUAUCUAGGUUUCAAAGCUUAACCAACAAAACUUCACUCCAAAAUAUCAUUCACCGUCAGCUCCUCCGCCCCGGAGCUACCACCGCCGCCGCCUCUGUAGGCUCAUCUAUCAUUUCCCCUCAAUUUCAACCAAAGUCGAUUCUGACUGGGCAUUUCUCUGAUAGUAAAAAGUUGAGUGUGUCAAAUGCGGAUGAAUUUCUUCUGAAUUGGAACUUCCCGAUUGGUAUCGGCUCCGGUUUGCCUGUUUUUGAUUUGUCUUUGAUGGAGCUUCGUGGAAGCCGAUCGACCAGUAGCAUGAGACGUCCUAAUCUGGAAGAAGAUGUCGAAGACGAUUCUGAUGAUGAAGAUGAUUUUGACGAUUCUGAUGAUGAUGAAUCGAAGGGAUUUGAUGAUGUGUAUGGAAGCUAUGAUGAUUCUGAUGAGGAUGACGAUGACUAUGGCCGUCGUGGCGGCGGCCGUAGUGGUGGUUCCCGUGGCGGCGGCGCUUAUACAGCUUGAAAUUUGGACCAAGUCCGAUUUGCACUUUUUUCUUUUGCUAUAGGCUAAUAGUAUCAGUGUAUUUUUGCUUUGCUGAUCAAAGUAAUUGCUGUAGGAGCUGCAAUGGCCGCCGUUCUCAGUUCUCGUGCGUACCUUGUCCAAUCCGUCAGGUUUCAGAGCUGGGUCAUCGGAAUUAUUGCAGAGAGCAUGGGAACAGGCUAAACUUGCUGCUACAUUGGAUCAUGUUGGUACGUCUCCAUUUCACAUAACUUGACUACUUCUCGUAACCCCAACCCCAACCUUCGACAAAGAAAAAUAGGAAAGAAAAGAGUAGCAAUAGUUGGUGGUAGUAAUCACAAAUGCUGAUAUGUGAGUGCUGUCAAGGUUUGGUGCUGAAGUAAAAAUGAGCUCUGAAUCAUGUAGAAAUGGUAAACAGAACAUCCGUCAUUUUCUUAGUCCUAAAUUUUGCUACUUAUGGAUAGGUCGAACUAUUGGAAGAAAAUAGAAAAGGAAGAGAGAAUUUCAGACAGAUGAUGAAAAGAUAGCUAGAGUGCUGUCAAGGUUUUGGUGCUGAAGUAAUAAUGAGCUCUGAAUCAUGUAGAAAUGGUAAACAGAACAUCCGUCGUUUUCUUAAUCCUAAAUUUUGCUACUUAUGAGAAUUUCAGUCGGUGAGAUUGCUAAUGCUCAGUUAUUAAAUUGGAGGAACUGAGCGUUGUAAUGAAGCAUUUCAAAAGCUUGGGAAGAAAUGUAACAUUGUUGUUAACAUACAAGGAGAUGAACCUCUUAUUGAACCUGAGAUAAUAGAUGAAGGUGAUAAAAAGUUGACCAUGAGACUCAUGGUGUUGACACCCCGGAAGAUGUAGACAAGGUAGAGCAGUUCAUGUGGGAGAGAAAGAAACUUGUCUUAAAGCAGAGUAAGAUUCUAUUAGAUGACUUAGUGUUGUCUAGAGCGACGUUGAGCUUUAUGGAACCAUCUCAAUUGGAAUUAGUGCACCAUUGAUAUUGCUGAAUUAUGUAUUCGAA